CAGCCAUUGAAACUAGUCUGGACUUGUGGGUAGGAAGUGGCAGACGGGCAAACAGUACAAAACAAAAGCAGUACAGAUGGCAGAGUGGACCGCCUACUACAAGAAUGAGGAUGAGGAGGAAGAGCAAGAUGAAGGAGAGCAAACUGGAGGAGAUUACAAACUCUCAGGGAGAGACAGUUUGGUUUUCUUGGUUGAUGCAUCCAAGGAAAUGUUCAUCAAAGGAGAAGAUGGACAGCCCUCUAACUUUGACAUUACCAUGCAGGCUGUGCGCAGCGUGUACACCAGUAAGAUCAUUAGUAGUUACAGGGACCUUGUGGCUUUAGUUUUCUACGGCACAGAGCAGAGCAAAAAUCCCAGGAACUCCUUCAAGCAUGUCUAUGUCUACCACGACCUUGAUGAGCCAGGUGCAAAGCGAGUGCAGGACGUGGAUGCUCUGCGGGGGGAAAAAGGUGCCCAGCUAGCGGCAGAAACCAUGGGCAGUGGGGAGACGUCGUUAGGCGAUGCCCUGUGGUGUUGUGCCAACCUCUACAAUGACAUCAAGCUACGCCUGUCACACAAGCGCCUCAUGAUCUUCACCUGCAGGGAUGAACCACACGGGGGCGACAGUGCAAAGGACCGACAGGCUCGCACCAAGGCCAGUGACCUCAAAGAGACCGGUGUCAUCAUUGAUUUAUUGCAUCUGAUGAAACCAGGCGGCUUUGAUGUCUCGUCCUUCUUUCGUGAUAUUGUAAGUCCUCCAGAGGAUGAGAGCGAGUUGGAGAUGCAGCUACAGCCUUGUGACAAACUGGAGGACCUCAAGAAGAGAGUGAAUGCCAAGGAGCUGAAGAAGAGAACCUUGGCCAGGUUAAACCUGUGUCUCGGUGAGGGUGUAAAUGUAGCUGUGGGAAUUUAUGCAACAGCCGUGGCAGCUCGGAAACCGGCUCCCGUCAAACUUUACAGGGAAACCAAUGAGCCGGUCCGCAGCAAAACCCGAACCUUCCACACCCAGACCGGCAGCCUGCUGCUGCCCAGUGAAAUAAAGAAAGCCCAGGUGUAUGGUAAGAAGCAGAUUGUGAUGGAGAGGGAUGAGGUGGAUGCCAUCAAGAGGUUUGAAGAUCCUGGACUGUUCCUGAUCGGAUUCAAACCGAUGGAGAGGCUCAAAAUUCACCACCAUAUCCGACCUGCUACCUUCCUCUAUCCAGAGGAGGACGAGGUGAAAGGCAGUGCAUGUCUGUUCUCCGCCUUGUUGACCAAGUGCAGCGAGAGGAACGUGUUCGCUCUGUGUCGCUGCGUCUCUCGCCGAAACUACCCGCCUCGAUUUGUUGCCCUGGUGCCUCAGAAAGAGGAGGUCGAUGAAGGGAAAGUACAGAGUGCCCCACCAGGUUUCAAUGUCAUCUACCUGCCAUAUGCCGACGACUUACGCACUCUGGAUCCUCCCCAGUGCCCAUCUGCCUCACAGGUACAGGUGGACAAGAUGAAGGAGAUUGUCUCCAAGCUGCGCUUCAAAUACAGGAGUGAAGCUUUUGAGAAUCCAGUCCUCCAGCAGCAUUUCAGGAACUUGGAGGCCUUGGCCCUGGAUAUGAUGGCUCCGGAGGAUACCGAAGACCUCAUCAUGCCAAAAGUGGACCAGAUUGAUCACCGUCUGGGUCCUUUGGUUCAGGAGUUUAAAGAUCUUGUCUACCCUGCCAACUACAAUCCUGAAAGCAAACCAGCUGCCAAACGCAAAACAGCUGAUGCCGGAGGCAGAGCUGAGAAGAAGCCCAAAGUGGAGAUGCCAGAAGACGAGUUGAGGGCCCACGUGCAAAACGGCACCCUGGGAAAGCUGACCGUGCCCGUGUUGAAGGAGGCCUGUAAGCAGUUUGGGGUUCGGACCACCGGGACCAAGAAGCAGGAGCUGAUAGAUGCUCUGACUGCCCAACUGGGCCCGUGAGGAGUCAGAUACACACCUCACUGUGCCUUUGUGAGCUCAUUCAGAUCAGCGUGCCUGUGGAUGCGCUUGAUUCCAAAUGUCUUCAGCCGUUUUGCACUAUCCAAGUUCUGUUAAAUUUUGUGGUCUAUUUUUAAAUCAGGCAACAGGUUGUGUAGCCUGUGAAUUUUGGGACUAACCGGAACACUGAGGUCCGUGUUCAACAAAAAAAGUUUGCUGUUGCUUAACCCUUUUUUAUUUACAAGCCAGCAGGGUUCAACACAGAUCAGUGAUAAUGCCUGCAGUUAAUGUAUCACUCAGUUCCACAUUAAUGAAUAAUGUUUGAAUGUAAAACAAGUAUGCUCAAGCUAGUUGGUGUGGGUAACGACAUGCUAAAAAAGUAUUCUGUGCAUUGGAAUACACUGCACAGUAAACAGGACUAAAAUGUAACUGAAUAUGACACUUGUUGAUAAUCCUGCAUUUGCAUCAAUAAAAAAAAACCUUUUACA